GCUUUCCCUCUGCAGGGGGUGUGUCCCAGUGUUUUUCAGCAGAGGCAGCAACCUGGCCUGAGCUGGUGAUAGAUACAUCAGUGGACCUGUGGCUGCCAGUCCUGUCCUGGGUCACCAGCGUCCCUUGGCAUCUCCCAACGGUGUCAGUGGCUGGGGAACAUUGGAGAAAGGCUCAGCUGUGCUGUGAAGUCCAGAGUCCCAGGUCAGAGAGCAGGAGCUGAGAGCAGCGUCUGAUGGGAAUGGCAGUGUGCACAUGAAGUUUAAGUUUGCCAAGAAGCAAGUCCAGAGAGGAGAGAAGGAGCUACUGGAUAUGAGAAUUGGACUUCUGUGGCUCGUCCCUCUCUUCACGCUCACUGAGGGCACCGAUGGCUUCCUGCAGCAGAAAAAUGAUGGCCGAAGAACAAAAGAAAUUGUCAGUAUGGUUGAGGAAAGGCAUCCAGUCCACGAGUAUGAGGUGCUACUGCAGGUGACAUACAGAGAUCCAGAGGAGAAGAGAGAACUGAAGAGAUUUCUGAAGCUCUUGAAAUCUCCGUCGCCGAGUUUACGUGGUCCCAGCAAGAUCAUCAGAGUGAAGGCCACCACAUACUGCAGAAGCCGAAAAGGGUUCCUGGAGUGUGCCUGCGAAGACAGCUAUACGUGGUUUCCUCCCUCCUGCCUUGACCCCCAGAACUGCUGCCUUCACACAACUGGACCCGUCCCAAGCUGCAAUUGCUCUCUCAGAGGCCUCAGGCAGAGCAUUAAUUUCUGUGAGAGAGCAAAAGUUUGGGGCACUUUUGAAAUCGAUGAAAAAUUUCCUGAAGACCUUUGGAAUUCAUCAUCUGAUGUAUAUGCCCACUACACAGUUGGAAUUGAAAAUCAACUUAAAGAAGCGUACAGAAGAGUCCAUGGUUUUGAGUCAGUUCGGGUCACCCAAUUUCGGAAGGGAAGCAUCGUUGUUGGCUACGAAGUGACCGGCUCCACUAGCCCUCCAGAACUCCUCUUUGCCAUUGAACAGGAGGCCGAAAAGGCACAGGAGGCCCUAAGGAGGCAGUUUCCAGUCAAAUAUGGCUCUUUUCGAGUAUUCGGGAAAGCUCCGUGUAACAGCAUCUCCUUUGGAUUCGGGUCUGAGAAUGAUGAAUAUACUGUGCCCUGCAGCAGUGGCUUCACAGGAAGCAUGACGGUCAGGUGCCAGUCCUCUGGGUGGCAGAUCACCAGGGAGUCCUGUGUGCUUUCUCAGCUGGAAGAACUGAAGAAGGAGCUCAGGAUGAUCGCAGGCAAGAUCACAGAGGCGGGUGUGGCAUCUUUGGUGCAAAACCUUUCCACCAUCCUUUUGCAAAGUCCAUCGACCACAGUUGGGAACCUGGGCUCUGUGGUGUCACUUCUGAGCAACAUUUCAUCCCUGUCGCUGGCAAACUCUUUAACUGUGUCCAAUCUGACACUGAUGAACGUCAUCAACAUAGCUGAUCAUAUCCUGGAUUCAGCCUCCAUAACGAACUGGACAAUUUUAUUACAAGAUGCAAAGGAUGCCAGCUCCCAGCUACUAAAGACAUUGGAAAGCAUCAGUAGUCUCAUCCCUUCCAUGGCUCUGCCUCUUAAUUUUUCUGGAAAAUUCAUUGACUGGAAAGGGACCCCAGUGACCCAAAUCCAGAGCACACGGGGCUACAACUAUCAGAUGGAAAUGAGACAAAAUGCCUCUCUGCCUAUCCGAGGCCACGUGUUUAUUGAACCAGAUCAAUUCCAGAAAUCGCAUCCAAAGACUAUUAUCAGCAUGGCCUCAUUGACCUUUGGGGACAUUCUACCCAUUACCCAGAGAGGAAAUGCAUGGGUCAAUGGCCCAGUGAUAUCCACACUUAUUCAAAACUAUUCCAUCAGCGAAAUUUUCCUGAACUUUUCCAAAAUAAAGGGAAACCUGACUCAGCCUCGCUGUGUGUUUUGGGAUUUUAGCCAGUUGCAAUGGAGCAAUGCAGGCUGCCAACUGGUUAAUGAAACUCUGGACACGGUACUGUGCCGAUGUAGUCACCUGACCUCUUUCUCCAUGCUCAUGUCACCCUUUGUCCCCUCUUCUGUUGUUCCUGUGGUAAAAUGGAUCACGUACAUAGGGCUGAGCAUCUCCAUUGCAAGUCUAAUCUUAUGCUUGAUCAUCGAGUCUCUGUUUUGGAAGCAGACCAAGAGAAGCCAAACCUCCUACACACGCAACAUUUGCCUGGUGAACAUCGCCGUGUCACUCUUAAUUGCUGAUGUUUGGUUUAUCAUUGCUGCCACUGUGGACCCCUCUGUGAGUCCUUCUGGAGUCUGUGUGGCUGCGGUGUUCUUUACCCACUUUUUCUACCUUGCCGUAUUCUUUUGGAUGCUCGUUCUGGGCAUCCUGCUGGCUUAUCGAAUUAUCCUAGUGUUUCAUCACAUGGCUCUGACUACCAUGAUGGCUAUUGGCUUUUGCCUAGGCUAUGGGUGCCCUCUCCUUAUAUCCAUCAUCACCCUUGCUGUCACCCAACCUAGCAAUAGCUAUAAAAGGAACGAUGUGUGUUGGCUUAACUGGUCUGACAAGAGCAAACCUCUCUUGGCGUUCGUUGUUCCCGCGUUGACUAUUGUGGCUGUGAACUUGGUUGUGGUGUUGCUGGUCCUCAGGAAGCUUUGGAGGCCAGCAGUUGGAGAAAGACUGAAUCAGGAUGACAAGGCCACUGCCAUCCGCAUGGGAAAGAGCCUCCUCGUGCUGACCCCGUUGCUAGGGCUCACCUGGGGCUUUGGCAUAGGAACAAUGGCGAACAGCCACAAUCUGGCUUGGCAUGUUCUUUUUGCUUUACUCAAUGCUUUCCAGGGAUUUUUCAUCUUCUGUUUUGGAAUUCUCCUGGAUACCAAGCUGCGGCAACUUCUGUCCAACAAGUUGACUACAUUAAGUUCAUGGAAGCAAACAUCAAAACGGAACGCCUCAGAUACAGUUACUCAGCCGAAAUGCUUAAGGACAUUCAACAUACUACAGCACAGAGGCAUGUAUGCACUUUCUCAUACUGGAGAUUCGUCCAGUGACAUCACAUUAACCCAGUUUCUAUCAACCGAAUAAAGCCACGAGUCACAAGCAAGGGCAAUUUUUUUCUUUGAGCAACAUGCCAUUCAGAGCCACACAGCAGGCAGUGAAGACAAGCACAGAGUCAGGUGAGACUUUGUGACUUGGGAGUCCAAGGAUAAAACUGGUUACUCUGAGGUUGGAGAGAUGGCUCAGCGGCUAAGAGCACUUGUUGCUUUUGCAGAGGACCUGGACUCAAUUCCCAGCACCCACGUGGGGGAUCACAACCACCUGUUCCAAGGGAUCUACUGCCCUCUUCUGACUUCUAUGAGCACAACAUGCGUAUGCGGUACAUAGACGUACAUGCCGACAAAACAUUCAUACACGAAAUUAAUCUUUUUGACAAACCCAGUAGGUGACUUCAGUGAUUCAACUCUGCCUCCUUUAUUCCAAAUUAAAUAGAAAUGUUAUUAAUUACAAAGUGAGCUAAGAAAUAUCAUACAUUGUUCAUACAAGUCUUUGUCAAUGAGCACCCCCCCACCCCAGUAUCUCCAGUCAUUAGGUAGGGAAAAUUAAAACACCAAUAAAAUAGUGCUAUACACUUACUAAAAUAUCUGUCCAAACAAUUAAAACCCCACCCUAGAGAGCACUGCAUAAUUCUAUUUGUCCUGAAUCCUAGUCAGGCAAGACGGUCCACAGUAAAGUAGGUCAGUCAUUUUAGGGUGGAGUUUGAGUGGUGAAUUCCACAGCAUAAGGAAGGAGUAUGCAAAUUCCCCUGGGAGGUGACAUAUACAUACAGUGUCUUGAUGAUAAUGGUGGCUUGGCUAUGUAUGCACUAAUCAAAACAUGUUGCAUAUUAUAGGCAAUUAAUAUGUUGAUUUUAUUGUCAAUGGGAUUUUCUUUUUAAGGCAAAAAGGUGAAGUAGAUAAAGGACAGAAUAAUGCAGUUGGUUCAAUCUCAAUUAAGAAACAAGCAUGGGCUGCCUACCCCCAAUGGCCCAGUGGUUAAAAACACCAACUACCAAGCCUGAGGACCUGAGUUCUAUACCCAGGACCCACAUGAUGGAAAAAUGGAACUGACACAGGAUAUUUGUUCUCUGGACUCCACAUGCUGUCCAUGGCACAUGUACACACACACACACACACACACACACACACACACACACACACACACAUGCCGGAGUGCACACAAGAGCUCAUGAGCACCCAAUACAUUUUUUAAAGAAAGAGCAAUGAGAGUCCCAGAUCCCUUUCUAAGCCAAGUGGCCAGACAACUGCGCCCUACCGCCAUCUUGGAAGUAGAUUAUGGAAAUAGAUGACGAAAGAUGGGCUACUGGGACCAAGAGAUGUUGCAAGUAACUAAGGGAAGUAUCAUCAUCCUGAAAAGAAGGGACCAAGUGAACACCAACAGAGAGGCAAGUCUCAUGUUUUCUACGGAAGAGUCCAAAGUAACAUCUCUAAAUAUCUAAUUCUAUCAUGAGAAAAACCCAAAGGCAUUGACUUUGAGCAGGUGCUGGGAUCAUUAUCUAGAUCACUCCAGCAGAGAAGCAAGACUCACCAAACUCCCCCUCCCCCCCCCCAGGCACAUGAUGCCCAAUAAGGUUUCUGUAUUCUGCUCCUAGGUAUGGGCAGUCAAAGAUCAGCAGGGUGCUUCAGAAAAGCCACUUUUCCAAACCAUUUUGACUUUAUUCUAAACGUGUGUCCUUUAAUCGUCAGGUAGGAGUAGCUCUCACCCAAGGCUAAAGAAGCUUCUAAUUGCAGCAGACGGGGACCAUCAUAGAAACCCACAACUGGUCAAAUGCUGAGGGCAACAGGCUCUUAGGCCAAUGACCAAUCAAUGUAUUUACAACACGACCCCUACACCCAAGGCUUAGAGAACAUUGCAGAAGAGGAGAGGAAAGAGUGUAAGAGCCAGAGGAUCAGGACACUAUCUGUUGUAAGAUAGUAUCAGGGAGAGAGAGAGAGAGAGAGAGAGAGAGAGAGAGAGAGAGAGAGAGAGAGAGAGAGAGAGAGAGA